UUUACAUAAGCUACUGCAUUUUAAGUGGCUGGGGGUGGAGGCAGAAUGAGUGAAAUAAGACCCCCCCUGUCAGAGACUGUGUCCUGGACAAAUGUAAAAUCAUCAGUAUUUGAUAUAUGAUUGCGCAUAGGCCAUACCAUGACCAUGACAUAUCUGUAUUUAAAUCUCCUUUUUAUUCAUCUAGGGGGAAAAAAAAAUUGAAGAAAGUUUUAGUUUUUUCUUGCUUUUUUCUUUUUUCCCCCGAAAGAUCAUCAUCAAAGGGAAUACUGUGUGUGAAUCACUUAUACCCCAUUAUGUCAUAGUAGACUUCACUUCUUGAACUGAAUAUAAUGAUUGAGAAGCACCUGUAUGCAGGCCACUGAAACAUAAAUUCCUGGUGAUGAGGCUGAGUGAUUUUUUUUUUUUUUUUUUUUUCCCUCCGGGUUGCGUCUGAUUUUCCUCACAUCGCCUGGUCUUUACUCCGAAUCAUUUAAGCCCCCAUGUGUGGCGGUGUGCGCACACUCACCAUUGGCUCCGGAUCUUGUAGGGGCGUUGCUUCACCGUUAUUGAGAGCUUUGGGUGCACCGAGGGGUGCUGAAGAGGAUGGCCAGGGGAAAGCUUACUUGGCACUGAUCCCUCCUUUCAGUAAAACACUGCAGUUUACAUUUGGCAGCAGUAUUUUUUAUUUAUUUAUUUUUUUUGUAAUGGAGUCUGAGGGGGGUGGGGGGUAGUGGGGGGGAGAGAGACGAGAGGAUGAAUGUGUCAUAAACGCGGAUAAUUUUGCAGAGGGCAGCGGGUGCACGUUUUCAGCAAUGCGAUGAGGCCAAUGCACUUUGCAAGAGUUGCGCUGCAGAGAGCCUCCGCGGAUCCCACGACCUGUUGCUGACAAGCCGGGGAAUAAGGAGAAGCAGACGGAGAAGUCGGGGUCGAGGGGGAGAGUCGCGCCGCGCCGCUCGGCAGAGACGGAGGGUAGGGUACUGCCUUGGACGGACUCUACGUGGAGGAAAUCAUGCAUCUUGCAAUCUGGCUGGUUGGACUAACGUGUCAUUUGUCAGCACUCGCCAGGGAAACUCUGCAGUACCGAUUGCAUCCGAAACAAGAGAGCUUCAUCAAGCAGCUGUCAUCGUAUGAAAUCAUCACUCCGCUCCGAGUGAACGACUUUGGAGAAUCGUUCCCCCACAAGCUGCACUACAGAAGGAGACGGAGGAGCUUAAGUGAUGACCUGUCGGGCUUGCGGCUUCUCUACAGGAUCGACGCGUUCGGGGAACGCUUCCAUCUCGACCUGAGCGCAGACUCCAGCUUCAUCGCCCCGUCCUACACCGUGACUCACUUGGGAGCGGAGCGGAGCAGCGGCGACGCGGACUCGCACUUCCACGACCCCGGCGAUAUGCGGCACUGCUUUUUCCGCGGGCACGUCAACGCACAGAGCGAGCACCCCGCUGUGUUCAGCCUGUGCACCGGUCUGGUCGGAACGUUUGCGACGCAGCACGCCGAGUACUUCUUGGAGCCACUUUUGAACGUGUCUGGCGCGGAAUACGACGAAGAGCACAAGAAACCGCACCUUGUCUAUCGACACGAGAGGAGACGAAAUGCCUCGCAUCCUGACGAACCCUGUGCUGCCUCGGGAAACUCCAAGAGGCCGGCCUCUUUUGAGAGCAGAGGGAACAUGGCUGAGGAGCUGGAUUCUCUGACAGCCACAAUCGACCAGCAUCACAUUGAUGAAAACGGCACCAGGCGCGACGGCACGACCAUCCCGCAGCGACGCAAGCGCUUCCUCUCCUACCCUCGCUACGUUGAGCUGAUGGUGACAGCGGACGCCAAAAUGGCCCGUCACCACGGACGCAACCUGGAGCACUACAUCUUAACAAUCAUGUCAGUAGUAGCAGCGGUGUACAGGGACCCCAGUGUAGGGAACCUCAUUAACAUCAUGAUCGUCAAGCUGGUCAUCAUCCACAAUGAGCAGGAAGGACCCACUGUGAGCUUCAACGCUGCCACCACUCUCCACAACUUCUGCGUCUGGCAGCAGAGCCAGAACAUCCAGGACGACAGCCAUCCUUCUCACCACGACACCGCGCUCCUCAUCACCAGGGAGGAUAUCUGCCGUGCAAAAGAUAAAUGUGACACGUUGGGACUUGCAGAGCUCGGCACCAUGUGCGAUCCGUUCCGCAGCUGCUCCAUCAGUGAAGAAAAUGGAAUUAGUGCCUCCUUCACCAUCGCUCAUGAGCUGGGCCAUGUGUUCAACAUGCCUCAUGACGACAAUCCCAAGUGCAGAGAGGCGGGCAUGAAGCACCAGUAUCACGUCAUGGCUCCCACCCUCAACUACGACACCAACCCGUGGUCGUGGUCCAAGUGCAGCCGCAAAUACAUCACAGAGUUUCUAGACACUGGAUACGGGGAGUGCCUGCUGGAUGAGCCCGUUGGCAGAACAUAUGAGCUUCCCACACUCCUGCCUGGCCAGAUAUACAAUGCCAACAAACAGUGCGAGCUGAUGUUUGGGCCUGGCUCCCAAAUUUGCCCCUAUAUGAAACAGUGCAAAAGGUUGUGGUGUACGAGUGCAGAGGGGGACCACAAAGGCUGUCGCACACAACACAUGCCCCUGGCCGACGGGACCGAGUGUGGACAUGGAAUGUAUUGCAAACAUGGGAUGUGCAUAAACAAGGAGUUGGACAUUCGGCCUGUGAAUGGAGAGUGGGGCCCUUGGGGGCCCUACAGCGUUUGCUCCAGGUCGUGCGGUGGAGGAACGAGGAGCACCACCAGAGACUGCAACAAACCUGAGCCCAGAAACGGCGGGAGAUUCUGCGUGGGCCGUAGAAUGAAGUUCCGCUCCUGCAACACUGAGCCGUGUCCACGGGAAAGGAAGGACUUCCGGGAAGAGCAGUGCUCUCAGUUUGACGGCAAGCACUUUAAUAUCAACGGUCUACCUCCCUCCGUCAGAUGGGUCCCCAAGUACAGUGGCAUACUAAUGAAGGAUCGCUGUAAGCUCUUUUGCCGUGUCGCUGGCACUAUGGCUUACUAUCAGCUGAAGGACCGCGUGGUGGACGGCACGCCGUGUGGUCCAGACACUUACGACAUCUGUGUUCAAGGCCUCUGCAGGCAAGCAGGCUGCGACCAUGUUCUCAACUCAAAGGCACGGAAUGACAAAUGUGGAGUGUGCGGUGGGGACAACUCCUCGUGCAAAACUCUGGCGGGGACCUUCAACGACGCCCAGUACGGCUAUAACACAGUUGUGCGGAUUCCAGCCGGAGCCACCAAUAUUGACGUCAAACAGGUCAGCUACUCUGGAAAACCAGAAGAUGACAACUACCUCGCUUUGUCUGACGGCCAGUCCAACUUCCUCCUGAAUGGGAACUUUGUGGUGGCGAUGUUCAAAAGGGAAAUCACCUUCAAGGGAACGGUCAUCGAGUACAGCGGCUCGGACACAAAAGUGGAGCGCAUCAACUGCACGGACCGCAUCGAGGAGGAGCUCGUUUUGCAGGUCUUGUGCGUGGGGAACCUUUACAACCCAGAUGUGCGUUACUCCUUCAACAUACCCAUCGAGGAGCAGGGGGAGCAGUUUGUGUGGGAUCCCUCCGGCUCCUGGCUGGAAUGCAGCCGCCUCUGUCAAGGUGAGAGACGACGGAAGGCCGUGUGCGUUCGGGACAGCGAUCACCUUGAAGUAUCCGAUCAACGCUGCGAACAUUUACCUCGCCCCGUUGCUUUUACUGAGCCCUGCAACACCGACUGCGAAGUCAGAUGGCACGUCGCCGGAAAGAGCGACUGCUCGGCGAAAUGCGGCCCCGGCUACCGCAGCCUGGAUGUUCAGUGUAUGAAGUACAGCCGGACGAAGAGACGCAGCGAGAGGAUGGAGGCCAGCGUCUGCGGCGACAUUGCCAAACCUCAGAUGAGGGAGACCUGCCACGGGGAUUGUCUGCUUAAGAGCUGGCAGUACAGCGCAUGGUCGCAGUGCUCUAAGACGUGUGGACGCGGGAUUCGUAGCAGAGAGUCUUACUGCAUGAACAACCUGGGCCGGCGGUUGGUGGACAGAGAGUGCAGCGACUAUGAGAGGGCGGUGACCGAGCCCUGCAACGACCAGCCGUGUCCAAAGUGGACAGUCAGUGAGUGGAGCGAGUGUCUGGUGACUUGUGGGAAAGGAAUGAGGCACCGCCAAGUGUCCUGCACUACGGGAGCCGGGGAGGAAAAGCUGAGCGAACAUUUCUGUGACCCGUCCAGCAAACCUCCCACUGUGGGGAGCUGCAAACUCCCCGAGUGCGCGACGUGGCAGGUCGGCGUCUGGGGAGCGUGUGCAGUGACCUGCGGACACGGGUACCAGAUGAGGGCUGUGAGGUGCGUCUUAGGGGACUACGGCGACUCAGUAGAUGACAGAGAGUGCAACGCUGCAGCGAGGCCCAGAGACAGUCAGGACUGUGAGAUGCCUGCGUGCCCACGGACGUCUGCAGCUCAGAUUACGCCUCGCCCUGACAACACCGUUCAGCUUGUGACUCAGUGGAGAUUCGGCUCCUGGACUUCUUGCUCCGUGUCCUGUGGGAAGGGGAAGCGUGCGCGGUACGUCAGCUGCCGAGACGCUCAGGGCGGAGUGGCUGACGAGUCGUACUGCGCUCACUUGCCGCGGCCCCCGGAGUUCUCCACCUGCUUCAGCCCCUGUGGUCAGUGGCAUGCCGGAGAAUGGUCUGCUUGUUCGGUGACAUGCGGCGUCGGACGGACCACCAGACACGUGGUCUGCUCCGACUACCACCAGCCGGUGGACCAGUCGUUGUGCGAUCCCGACGAGAGGCCCGCGGCCGAGCAAGAGUGCACGGCUGCUCCCUGCCCCUCCGCCUACAACCGUCAGCACAUUUACGAACAACCCUACGGAUACCCUCAGGAUCCGGGACGUCAUCCGGGACACAGCAGCUGGAACGUCCCGUCCGCAGACAACCAGUGGAGGACCGGACCGUGGGGCGCAUGCUCCAGCACCUGUGCGGGAGGCUUCCAGAGGCGAGUGGUGGUCUGCCAGGACGCUGACGGGCGGAGCAACAGCUACUGCGACGAAAGGGUCAAACCUGCCGAGUCCAAGAGCUGCGACUCCGGGCCCUGCCCUCUGUGGAACUACGGGGUCUGGGGCGAGUGCACCCAGACUUGUGGUGGAGGGAGGAAGACUCGCCUGGUGGUGUGUCAAAGGCCCAGCGGUCAGAGACUCAACGACUACAACUGCGACGUCCUGGACAAGCCGCACGACGUGGAGCAGUGCAACCUCCAGUCCUGCCCGGGCGCCGCGUCCUGGCAUCGCCGACCGUGGAAGCCGUGUUCGGUGAGCUGUGGCCGCGGCACCAAGCAGCGGGAGAUAGCCUGUGUUUUCCAGAACCAAACCCAAAUAAAGGAUGCGUACUGCGGCCAUCUGCCCCGGCCGCGCGCGCAGAAGGCCUGCCGCGCUCGAGGAUGCCCCGCGUGGAAAGCCAACAGGUGGCGGCAGUGCUCCGUCACCUGUGGGUCUGGAGUUCAGCAGCGAGAUGUUUACUGCAGGCUCAAAGGUUCGGGACGAGUCAGAGAAGACCUCUGUAGUCCUCACCUACGUCCUCCUACAGUCCAGGUGUGCCAGACAGCAGAGUGCACACGUUACACCUGGGUGGCGGGUGAAUGGGAACAGUGCAACGCAACAUGUGGGGAAGGGAUGAAGAGCAGGAAGGUGAGAUGCGUCGGCCCGGGCCUCACACCUGCCCACGACGACCGCUGUGGACCGUCCACCAGGCCUCCAUCUCUCCACCACUGCAGAGAGGAGCCCUGUCUUUACACGUGGACAACAGGGGAGUGGUCACAGUGCUCCGCCAGCUGUGGCGUCGGCUACCAGCAGCGUUUUGUCUCCUGCUCUUUGAUGCCCUCCUCUUCGCACUCCCAGCGUUUCCACGCUCAGCCGUCCUCCGCAGGCAAAAUCUGCCCUCAGCCUCACCCUCCUGCCACUCAGCCAUGCCUCCUCACCGAGUGCCCUCACAGCUCCUACUGGAAAGUCGGCCCUUGGACCGAGUGUUCGCUGACCUGUGGGGCAGGAGUGAUGGAGCGCAGGGUGGAGUGUGUGACCUCCAAGGGGCAAAUGUCUAAACACUGCCGUCCAUCAGACAGACCCGAAUCGCAAGCUGCGUGUCAAGAGAGACAAUGCCAGGCGUUCACUUCUUGCCGAGACAUUCAGCUGAACCAGGGCGUGAGGAUGGAUGGGGAAUACUACCUGAAGGUGAAGUUUCGGACUCUGCAGAUCUACUGUGCCGAGAUGCAGACGGAUUUCCCGAAGGAGUACGUGACGCUGCGCAGCGGUCAGACAGACAACUACUCUGAGGUGUACGGCCACAGGUUGAUCAGCCCCUUCGAGUGUCCGUACAACGGCAGUCGCACGCAGGACUGUGACUGCAGAAACGACUAUUUGGCAGCAGGGUACACGCUCUUCCACAAAGUUCGCCUGGACCUGAACUCCCUUCGGAUAAUGAUCACAGACCUCCGGUUUUCCCAGACUAUUCAUGGCCGGCCUGUGCCGUUUGCUACAGCAGGAGAUUGUUACAGUGCAGCCAAGUGCCCACAGGGCCAAUUUAGUAUCAACCUGAUUGGAACGGGCCUCAAAGUGGCUGCAAACACCAAGUGGACAUCUCAAGGGAACUACGUUUCGGUUAAAGUCCACAGAUCUGAGGACGGAACGAGAAUUUACGGCCGCUGCGGCGGUUUCUGUGGGAAGUGCAUUCCCCACGCUCAUCACGGUCUUCUCCUCCAAGUUCACUGAGAGCCGAGUCGAAAACAAAUCUCUAAAUUCAACUCUGAUGACAGUGGGCCAGGAACACACAAUAAGAGUCAUUUGUUGGAUCCAGUCGUCGGCCGCGGGCGCGGAGGAGGGGCGUCAGCUGUGACAUCUCCGGUCCCCAGACGGCAGCUAACGGAUACACUAAUGCUGCAUGCCGUCACUUCCUUAAAACUGAAGACGAGCCAGCUUUAUUUGCUUGCCAGCCAUUUUGCUGUGGCACUUUCUUGUGGUUUGGAAAUGUAUUUACCGAUGUCAUUAUAUUACCAAGGGAGUCGGGACCUGCUGGUCACCGGAGGCCGGGGAGGGGGGGGAAUGUGGGGGGGCAUGCAAGAACUAGAAACAGAAGGAAAACGGCUUCGUGUUCUUUUCAAGUUAAAUGUUUUCAUCUUAAAACAGUCUUUUCUGAAUUUAACUUCCGUUCCUCCUGGCAAACACGUUGCAGGAAGCGUUAUGCACUAAAAUAUUAAGAAAUGAAUGGUUCUCUUACUGUUACCAUUUUGAGAAAAUGUAAAACCAUUGUAACUAUUAUCCAUAUGUAACUGGAGACGGUAAAUCUCUAGACUUUUCAAAGUAACUAAGUACUGACGGUGUUCCUGACCUGCCUCGCAUCAGAGGUCAAAGUUUAGGGGAAAUUUUUUUUUGAAGAACUUUACAUUUUGAUUGCAAUGCUACCUGUGUGUCCCUGCUACAGCCUGUGAUCUGUCUUUAUUGUCAUUGGUACUGCUGGUAAAAAUGUGUAAGAAAAAAAAAACAGAUUAGGAUUUAAGAACAAAACAGAGUCCCAGUCCAGCUAAAAUGAUUAAAAUAAGUGCCACGAAUACAUCAUUGGAAACUCUGCAGCUGUAAACACACUCAAUACAUUUAACCAGUGUCACAUUUCGGACUCUGCAGUCUCUAACAUUUGAUUUCCUUUUCUUUUGCGUGGACACAAACUUGAUCAAAGUUUCUCCAGGACAGCUCAUACAUUCUGCUUCAACACAUGCUGAUCUGACAGAGAGUCACCUAAAACACACACAGCUUCAUCUCUGUCUCUCAAGAUGUGCCUGACUUGACAGAUACAUCUAGAGUCUUCAAGCUUUGCUGAUACAGUAAGCUAACAUUAGCAUAUUUAUUUUGAUAUGGCUUGUUGAUAAUUCAGCUUUUAACCCGAGUGCAGGUUCUUUUCAGUGUUCAUCCAUUUUUAGGUUAUCCUUGGCUAUAACUAUGUCUGUCUAUGUUUAUACUGGGGUGUUGGUCACAGAGUCGCCAGUGAUUGGACACCACCUACUUUCAAACCACUUGUUUCAAACUCUUGUCAGGAAACCGUAACAUUUUGUCAUUUCAGGACAAAUGUAAAAAUCGUCACGUCUUCACAACAUGUGGACGUUUCUGAAUCUUACUGUAUUUUUUGAUUACAGCAAUAUUUUGGUUAGAUUCAACCAAAUUUAGCUUUAUGGUGACAAACAGUGUGAAACUAUGAAGGAAUAUGGAGAAGUACUCAAACCUGUUAAAUAUGGCGGAGAGUCUUUAAUGAUGUUCGCCUUUUUCCACCCAGCGCCUUGGAAAUAGCUUAAAUAAUUAAAUUAAAUGUUAAAGCAGACAUAAAACUGACUUUAUUCUAUGUCUGUCUCAGUCACCAGAUCUAAAUCCUGCAGAUGACCCAUAAGAGGGGAACCCUGGACUCUGAUGAGUUUAUUCAAAGAGGUCAGAGGUCCUUCUCUCUGUGUGCUCCUCCUAAACCGCCUAAAGAUUAUGCCCGGGUAACAAAAGAUGAUUUAUUCACGUCUUUACCUUUGGUUGCCAAUAAAUGUGCUCGACACCUCGCUACUCUCAGAGAGUCACCGAGACGUGUUAACGGUGACUUGUUAACGGUGACUUGUUAACGGUGACUUAUUAGUUAACGGUGACCUGUUAACGGUGACGUGUUAAUGGUGACGUGUCAACGGUGACUUGUUAACGGUGAUGCGUUAACUGUGACUUGUUAACGGUGACUUGUUAGUUAACGGUGACCUGUUAACGGUGACGUGUCAACGGUGACUUGUUAACGGUGAUGCGUUAACUGUGACUUGUUAACGGUGACUUGUUAGUUAACGGCGACCUGUUAAAGGUGACGUGUUAAUGGUGACGUGUUAACGGUGACUUGUUAACGGUGACAUGUUAGUUAACGGUGACCUGUUAAUGGUGACGUGUUAACGGUGACGUGUUAGCGGUGACAUGUUAAUGGUGAUGUGUUAGCGGUGACGCGUUAGCGGUGACAUGUUAACUUUGACGUGUUAACGGUGACCUGUUAACGGUGACGUGUUAACGGUGACGUGUUAGCGGGGACAUGUUAAUGGUGACAUGUUAACGGUGACGUGUUAACGGUGACAUGUUAACGGUGACGUGUUAGCCGUUCAGGUAAACGCCUCUGCUGUGAGAGGAAACCCAGAUCAUUUCGUAGAGUAUAAGCUCAGUGUAAGGGUGUCAUUUCAUUGCACAAGUUCUCAUCUUUUUACUGUACAUGACACACUGUCAGGUGUGACAUCUCAGCCACUCCGUUUGGCCUACUCCAAGUCCUCACAGCCCUACCUCUCAUUCGCAAGCCUCUGUACUCUGAACUGUGUUGUAAUAUAUUUAUGUUCAACCGUAUUUAUUCUAUACUGACCUCUGAACAUGUUUGUAAUAUGAUACAAUGACUACUACCAGCAGAGGAGACAUUGUCUGCUUUGCCAACAAGGUACUCUAAUGACGUAUCGCAUAACCACUAACUUUAAAGUACUGUGCUUUUUAACUACUGGAAUUACCUCUGACCUACAAAUGGAAAAUACUGAAAUUUGGAGUAACUCUUUCUGAGGCGGAGCCUCUUUUUGUUUUAACCGGCAGAGUUAGAAAUGUCUUGAAAUGUCUGAUCCCGAUGCGGGAUUCGUAGAUAUGCCAGCUGAACUCGCCCCACGGGAAAUCAUCUCCUCCCCGCGGGCGACGUGACCUCCUAAUCCACAACUGUUACCUUGACAACCAUCAUGUAGCUUAACACGCUGGCAUGCAGAUGCUGAGCUUUUUAACCAAAGUUGGGAAACGGAUCUAGACUCUAUUCUCUCCUCAGACAAUGCAGCUUCCUCCGAUUUAAAGAACGGCCCGACAACGGUAAAAGUCGGCGAGCAGCUAGAAAACCUUUGGCUGUCGUUCAGUUUUUUGUUUUUUUUUAUGACAGCCAAUUGUGCUAUGAGAUCUGUAUCAGAAGUUUGAGAAUACUUUAUGCACUAUGUGCCAUUAACUUUGUAGAAAUGUAAUCCUGUAUGUUUUUUGUUGUAAUAACCAUAACACUGUAACUUAUAUAUAUGUGUGUGUGUAUGUUUUUAAUAUUCAAUACUUGAAUUGUAAACAUUGUGUGUUGUAUUCAGUGGACAUUGGUACUGAACAGAGAAAUGUUGACUUUGCUUGCCCUGCUUUAUCCAAAGAUGAUUUUAAGAAUCGCAUGUAUGUUACAGUAUGUAUGGAAGUAUAUAAACGGUGUGUAUGAAUGUAUGUGUGGAUGAUGAGGGGUGAUUGCUGCUCAUAAGACAUGCAUAAUUAUGGUGCUAUGUACGGUUACUAAUCAUACAGCUACUGUACGUGUCAAUAUACUAAAACAGGAAGGAGAAAUGGAAAAAUAAAAUAUGCAUUUCAGCAAAAAA